UAAUUCUAGAUACAGAUAUGCAUGUAUAUAGUCAAUAGUUUAUGACUAUGACAAUUCGUAAGUUGUCUUUUAUUGUUAUGGGAAGUGUGUACAAAUAUCCGUAAGCUUGUUCUCUUAUAAUUAUGUUUACAGUUAUCAAAUAAUCAUAAUAUAUGGCGUAUAACAUUAAAACAAUAUGAUAAAUAAAAUUCCUUUCAUAGUCGUAAAAAUCUGCCUUUUUUAAAAUGAGAGCUAUUUUAUUGUUUUUAAUUUUAAUUCAAACAAGAGGAGAAACAAUCCAGACAUGUCCAAAGUAUUGCACAUGUAAACUUGGUGCACAAGCAGAAUGGCUACGAAUUAAAUGUAGUAAUGAAUUGCAGAACAUUAGGGAUAUCAAUCUUGAUAGUGUCAGCGUGGAAUUAGUUCAAUUAGAUUUGAGCAAGAAUGAUAUUUAUGCUAUUGAAGCUAACAUAUUUAAGAAUUUGACAAAUUUGAAACGUUUGAACUUAUCGCAAAAUGAUAUAACUUUUAUUGGUGAAAAUUCUUUUGAUGGUCUUGGAAAUUUAGAGAGAUUGGAUUUAAGUAAAAAUCAAAUUUCAACUAUAGAUGCUCAUACAUUUAGCAAGUUGCCAAAUUUGAAAAGGCUUGAUUUGUCCGGCAACAACAUAAGUGUGGUGAAACCAUCAUUAUUUCAUAAUUUACUGGCUUUAGAGCGCUUGAAGUUAAACGAAAAUAAAUUAACAACUUUAAUGGAGGGUACUUUUUAUGGUCUGAAAUCUUUAAAACAGUUAGAUUUAUCUAACAAUCCAUGGAGAUGUGACUGUGAAUUAUACUGGUUUAGUAAUUGGAUUCAUAACAGUUCUAUUAAAUUAAAUCCUGCCCCAAAAUGUGUAUCACCUAUAAAUAUCAAAGGUGAAUUUGUGAAAAAAUUGAAGUAUUCAGAAAAUAUUCAAUGUCAGUGGUUACCUCCCACAAUUGAACUUCGGCCAGUUAAUAAUCAAGUAGUAUUUGCUGGAGAUUCUAUAACUUUAAAAUGCAGAGCACCUAGUAUAACAGAAGAUAGAAAUGCAAGACUAAGUUGGUUGUGGUAUCCUAAUACUACUUCUGAAACUGUAGAUUUAAAUACAUUUCUAGAUCCACAAAAAAGUUUAUCUAAUAUUAAAGUGGAUAACAGAUAUCUUGCAGAUAGUGGUAUUGUGGACAGUUCUCUUAGUAUUGUUCCUGUUAAAGAAGAACACAAUGGCCAAUGGAAUUGUUUGUUAGUUUCUGUAAAUGGUAAUAGAACAAAAGCAAUCAGUGUAAUAGUUAUCUCUGAAGAAACUCGUUAUUGUCCUCUAGCAGUAACUAAAAAUAAUAAAGGUAUUUAUACAUGGCCAAAAACUAUAGUAGGAUGGAGGGCAGAAUUACCAUGCGAAGGCAACCACUUAUCAGGUUUAAUGCAAAUGCCUUUAAAAGCUUCUUAUCAAUGCAAUAUUACAGGAUAUUGGGAGAAUUUAAACACAGAAUUAUGUCCUUACAUAUCACAUAUAACAAAAAGUUUAGAACAAUUUUCUAAAGUUAAUCUUUCACUUACAAGGAUCAGUUUAUUAGAAAGUGCGAAGAAAUUCAAAAAUUAUACAGGAAAUACCAUAAAAAUAACCGAUCCUAUUGAAGUUGAUUUCAUAACUCAAACUAUAGAAAAUUACUUAAAUUUUGUAACUGAAGAAAAAGAACUUGGUUCUAUGUUAAUUGAUGUCAUUAGUACUCUGAUCAAUGUACCAAAGAAUAUUUUAAAAAAAGCUGAAAUUUCCUUUAAAUCUUGCACGCGACUAAUAAAAGCUGUAGAAAAGAUUAUACAAUUUACUCCAUCUAUACAAUUUUACAAGAAAAACAUGGCACUAGAAGAAUUCAGAGUGAAACGUGAUAGUUUUACAGGAUUAAUAUGUACAUGGUAUUCCAAUAAUAAUCCAGAAAUACGAUUUUUACAAUGUACAACAAACAAUAGAACAUCCCCGAUUAAUAUAAAAGAUAAAAUAAUUGAAGCAUCAAUACACCUACCUGCAUCUUUAUUACAAUAUUCACAAGAAGUUACUGCUCAUCAAUUAAUGAUUUCUGUAUAUAGCAAUAGUAGAUUGUUUCCUAAAAUAAUUAACAAUGAUAAUAUGGAUAUUCCAUCAUGUGUUAUUGGAAGCAAGUUAUAUGGAAUGUCAAUACAAAAUUUAACUGAGCCUGUAUACAUUAUGCUAAAGGCACCUUUAUACUACUAUGCCGGAAAAAAAUUAUUACCCGUAGUUUGGGAUGAAACAUUAAAUAAAUCAGGAGGCUGGACAAAUGAUGGUUGCUAUUUAAGAAAUGUAUUAAACAACUUAAUAGUAUUUCAUUGCAAUAGAUUGGGAUAUUAUGGCCUUUUACAAGAUACUUCUACAUUUGAUUACAAUGGUAACAGCAUAAGUGGCGCCAAAUUUAGGUAUUCAAAUCCAGCAAUAUAUAUUGGAAGUAUUGCAACAGUAACAUGUUUAGUUAUUAUGUCUGUUACAUACAUUAUCUGUUACACAUCAAUUGCUAUGCCUAAAAAAGCAAAACAUUGUGUUAUUAAUACUUGGUUUGCUAUGGCAUUAUUAUCAUUUUUUUAUAGUAUUGGUAUUUACCAAACAGAAAAUAUACCAAUUUGUCAAGGUGUUGGUCUUAUUCUACAUUACUUGUCUUUAUGUUGUUUAUUAUGGAUGGCAGUAUUUGCAAGCAAUAUGUAUAAAAAAUUAUCUAAACCAAAUCUCGAAGAUAUUCCGGAUAAUGAACUUCAAGAUCCACCAAUACCGAAACCAUUAUUAGGGCUGUAUCUAGUUGGCUGGGGUAUAGCUAUGAUCAUUUGUGGUAUAUCUGGCGCAAUAAAUUUACGAGAAUACGCUGGAUAUUCAUAUUGUUUUCUCACAACUGCUCCUGCUCUUGUUGCAUUGUUUGUUCCAGCUGGAUUUCUAAUUGUAUAUUUAUCUAUUUUUCAUUUACUCAUUAAAUGUUCAAUUCAAAAUGUUGAUAUGAAUGCUCAGUUGUCUGAAGGUACACAAGCAACGGAAAAUAUGGAUUUAGAAUUAUUGGAACCAAAUACAAAUCUUUCUGUAGGCAGGAAUAGUGCACGCAGUGCACAGACUGUUUUAUCCGAUAUUGACGACUCAGAACAUUCUCAAAUAACUCAACUAAAGGGUCAAAUUAUUAUUUUAAUUUUAUAUUUAAUAUCAUGGAUUACUGCAGCAGCAGCUAUAACAAAGCCAUUAAGUGCAUACAUUUCGUUUGAUGAAACUAUAUUUGCUACUUUAUAUUCCCUUUUUUCUAGUUCACUUGGAAUUUUCAUCCUCUUUUUUUAUGGAAUUGCACGAAAUGAUGUUAGGUCACAAUGGUUAAAAAUGGGUUGUUGGUUUCAAAAACGAAAAAAUCAAUGUUGUCGAACAAGAAGUAUCUCUGAUGCAAAUCCUGUAAUAGCAACGCAAUCAUUAGUACAAAAUUUGGUACCUCCAAUGUCUAAUUCUCAGGCUACUCAAGUUACAUCUGAUUCAAAUUCCAUUGGUUCAUCCAGAUACACCAAUAGGUCGCAAACUUAUAAUGCGUUUAAAGUUACAGAUAUUAUAACCAGUCAAGAAGUUUCACCUGUUGGUAGAAAAAUGACCAAUGUGAACUUAGUUGUAUUACAUCGACAGCAAUACAGAUCUGAUAAUUCCGUAACAACAUAUAUUGAACCAACUUGUGUUGAAAUGUUUUAUAAUCCUCAUCAAAGUGGAGUUGCUAGAAAAUUUUUUAGAAAACAACGUCGUCAUACAAAAAAUAAUAAUCUUGGUCCUCGAAAACAAGGUGAUGGUGGUGCUAUGAGUGAUGCUGGUAGUUGCAUUUCUGUACCACGAUCUACUACAAAAUUAGAUAGUAAUAUAGACCAAACCAUCUUAAGUAGCAGUGCAAAAGUAAAUAAUACAAAUAUCCAUGUUGAGUUAAAUCCAAUAAAUGACAUUAAAAACGUUAAUAUACUCUCAGAUAGCGGUGGUAGUAUCUCAGAGGAAAGAAAUGUUCCAGUGCGAUUUGUUAUUGGUCAAGAAGGUCUUUUUGGAAAUGUAAGAAAAGUUAAUAAUAACUGUAGAUUACACGAUUCCUUAAACACAGUAUCAAACUCUGCGAGGAAUAAUUGCCAAAAAGUAGAAUUACUGAGUAUAACUUUACAUGACUCAGACAUGGACAUCAAAACUGAUGAAGAAAAACAUCUGCAAAGUGUUUCACAACAAUGUAGUUUAGAAUAUAGCUCGGAAAUAGAAUCUAUUACUCAGAUGACUAGUGAAAAAAGCGACCAUAAUUUACCAGAAGUUUAUGAAACUGUAGAUAACAUUAUGAACCCAAAAUGGUUAAAAAAAGACUGUCAAAGUAUGAAUGAAUUUCAUGGAGUAGAAGAACGGCGGUCUAAUGCCACUUCAAAAUGGUUAACUCAUUCUAAUAGCAUGCACUGUCUUCCAAUAGAAACUGUGAAACCAUUAAGGAAUAAUUUUUGUAAUUCAUUAAACGACAUCACAUCCCUUACCAGUUUAAAAAAAUGCGAAUAUCUGAAAUCAUUUACAGGCUUACAAAAUAUUACAAAUUCAAAUUUAUGUGAUAAAAGUCGCCUAUCUCAAAAAUCAUUUAACAAAUUAGAAUCACCUUUCCCUAAAGUAAAUAGUGCAGUUAAAGAUAAUUUACAUAAAUUAAUGCAGACUACAUAUAUUACUCCUACAAGAAAUACUGAAUGUGCCUCUAAUGUGUGCACUGAUGAAUUGAGAUCUAAACAAAAAUUAAUCAGUUCUAUGAUUGAUAUGACAUCACUUAUGCACAGUUCUUGUAAUAUUGUAAAAAAUUUAGAUUCAAACAAUGAAGUAGAGAGCUUAAACAGACAACAAAAUAUACAGAAUAUUGAAACUAGUAAAGCACACUUAAAUAAUCCGAAUACUUAUCUACAAAUAGUAAAAAAAGAAACAAGUGUUUAA